AUGCCCUGGCCGUUUUGCCCUGGUUGCCGUUCGACGCUCCUCGUGGACGAAGGAGGCGGUAUCGAGUGCAGUGUCUGUCCCUAUCGAGACAAUCUUUCUAGUCUCAAAGAGAUUCCAACGAAAGUUACCUACUCCUCAGAUCGUCCGAUCCCUCUCUGGGCCAAAAGUGAUGCUGAACAAGCUGCUCUAAAGAAAUCCCAACAACCUACUCGUGCCACAAUCGAGGAACCUUGUGUGAAAUGUGGCGCUCCCGAAGUUGGCUACUACACAGUACAGUUACGAUCCGUUGAUGAAGGCCAAACGGUGUUCUAUGAGUGUCCCCAGUGCAAUCACACUUGGUCCAUCAACAACUAG